CCCUCUCAAUGGCGUUAUUUUUGUCCAUCGCGAAAAUAUCACAGUUGCUCGGGUGUAUAUUUGGAGAUGAAUAAAUGAAUAAAACGCCCCGCUUUGGCAUAUUAGCAGCGAGCAUAGUGCCCGGAAACAUCCCCAGGGCCGGAAAGAAGCGAUGUUUGGGGCGCACACGUCACUCUUUUUUUUUUUUUAACCCCAAAUUUAUUAGCGCCCACCAUUAUUGCCAACAUUUACCGCCGGUGUUGCUACCGUCGUGCUCAGGGGUGGUAGAAGGAAGAACGACGGCGGUAUCCGUCCGUGUUUAUUGUCUGGGAGCGGCGGGCGCGCUUAUAGCGCCCCAAAAAAUGGCUCCGGCUAACCCCUGGAAAACAGCACGCAGCGACGGGGGUGAGGCGGUAGCUACUUAGCUUCUGGCUAACAGCUAACCCCGAGGAAGGCGUGACAGGCCCCGCUCGUCCGCGAACUCUUCCCCGACGCCGCCGACGCCAAGUUUUUUGUGUGUGUAAGUGUGUGUAAGUGUGUGUGUUGAUUUUCACGGAAAAUGAUCAUCGAAAGCGUCUUUGUCAAUCAUCGGUCGGGGGAAUCUGCAUACGCUCCAUCCAUCGGAUCGAUCGGAGGAAAUGCUUCAGGGUCUUCUUGGCUGAACACAGAUGAGGAAUCUCACUUAGAUCAAAGGGAAAUGUCAAUGCAGUAACUGGCAAAGGAAACAAGAAGAAGUCAAUUGAACUGCUUUGCUAUAGAAGUUAUUGUAAGCUUUUUUUUUUUUUUCAAAGUAGGCGGAACAUUUCCAAAUGACUUUUUAAAUCAUUUUCAGCUGCUUUUGGAAGUAAAUUUUGAGCAGUGGAGGAUCACGCACAUCCUUUUCUAAACUUUAAAUCGAAGUGACAUCGAAACAUUUGCACAAAACCCUUUUUAGACUUGAGUAUAUAUUUCACCAGACUCUUGUUGCUGCUCCUAGCACUGGAGGUUUGGCCCUACACCCCCAUGUGCAUUUGAGUGGGAAAUGUUCCAAUUUGGAAAAUACAAUUUGGACAUUAUAGAAAUGUUAAGUGGGCACCAGGCCCACCAGUUCAAGGGUCUCGGUCUAGACCGCCAACUACAGCAUCAGCAGCAAGUGCAACUUCACCAGCAUCAACUACAGCAGCAGCAGCAGCAGCAGCAGCAAGCUGAGUCGUCUGGAGCUCUUCUGUCUGGACUUGGCUUGGGACCCCUGCAGGGGUCAAGAGGUAACGCCUUUUCUGAUUCUGCCUCCAUUUUUGCCAAGAUGAGUGCCCCUCCUCCCCCACCUUUACAACAACAGCCUUCCUCAUCUCAGAGCUCUCGCUCAAAGUCAAGCAAGAUGGGUAGCAGCAGCUCUUCCAGCCAUUCCUCGGGCUAUCCACAGUUCCUGCGCUCUUUCCACCCGUCUGAGGCAGCACUAGCACAGGAGCAGUUACACCCAGGUGUAGGCCGUUUUGAGCACUUUGCCGGGGGAAGUAGCAUUAGCGCGAGUGGUGGGGGAUUAGGAGGAUUAGUAACAUCAGCACCUCCACCCCCACCUCCUCUGCAUCCCGGCUUGUCUGUCCCCCAAGCAUCAUCUGGCCCCUCCUCGUCUUCCCCUUCUCCUUCAACCUCUGUGGCCACCUCUAACAAUCCUAGUAGCAGUGCAGUCAGCUCUUUGGGACACCAGUUAGUUGGAGCCCAGUCUGAUGCACGGAGCCUUCACCAACAGUUUAGCUGCAUGCUAGCUGCUAACCAGUAUUUUCUCUCUGGGGUGCCUGCUAAUGCUAGUUUAGAGCAGUUUCUCGUUCAGCAGGGUAGCCAUAACCACUUAGGGAUCGGCUUAAGUCAGACAGGUGGGGAGUCUAGCACUAGCCUCGCUCCACCUUCCGCACUGCAUUCUUCUCACUCGCUGAGCCACUCUCAGCCACAGCAGGCACCGCAGCAGCCACCCCAGCAGCAACAGCUUCCGCCUCACACCCUUUCUCAUCCUCACUCUCAUUCUCAUCCUCACCACCCGCUCCACCCCGGCUCCCAGCCGUCGUCGCUGGGCGGCUUUGACUUUCAGGGUAUCCCUGUCCUCUCAUCAAAUCAGAUUGCUUCUCUGAUGCAGCAGGAAGCAGGCUUGCCGCUCCCUUUGCCACUUCAUUUGUCCCUGUCAAAGGAUGAUGGCAAAGCGGAAAGUGGUGGAGGUGGUGGUGGUAGUAGUAGCAGUAGGAGGAAGAAAGCGAUGGCUGGUUAUUUGCCCCAAAGAAAAUCUGAUAGCGCUAUUAAUGGCCACAGCAGCCAUAGUGGUAAUCCUAGCACUGGUAGCAACAGUGGAGCACUUAGUCAUAGUCAGCCCCCAGCUUUAAUUGGAAGUGGGGUUGGCUUAACAAAUAUGGGAGGUGACCCAUCAUCCCUUCUUGCCUCUUCAUCGUCAUCCUCAUCAGUAGUUUCUUCCUCCUCCGCCGCUCCCUCUUCUUCUGCUGCCUCAGUACUCGUUACUAAUGAUUCUCACCUUUCUAAAUCUGAUAACCCGAGCUCAAUGCAACCCAACGCCACAGAUUCCGAUACAGAGCCAGUUUAUAGCUGUGGAGAGUGUGGCAAAAGCUUCCCUCACCUUUCGAGCCUUCGCAGGCAUAUGCGUAUGCAUGAGCCAACAGCAGCUGAUACUCCCCAGCCCUCGUCCAGUUGUUGUCCUAGUCCAGACAAAAUAUUUCAUUGCCCCGAAUGUGGCAAAGGCUUUAAGAAAAAAGGGCACCUCCUGCAACACGGUGUCUUACAUUCUUCAGCCCGCCCCUAUGGCUGCUCCACCUGCUCUCGGGCUUUUAAUCGUAGAGAGUCACUGACACGGCAUGAGAAGAUACAUGAGGAAAAGCCAUUCCGAUGUCCUGCCUGUGGUCGUGCCUUCCGUGAGAGCACCUCUCUACUCAACCACGCUGCCUCAGGCACCUGCGGCAAGCCAGGUAGGGGACCUAAACAACGGGGCAGCAAGACAGGAAGCGAUGGUGAGGACAGAGUUGGGGGAGGGAGCGGAGGAGGGAAUUCAAAUAACAGGGACAGAACAGAUGGUAAAUACCCCACUGACUACUCUCGGAAUCGUUACACAGGCUACCAUGAAGACCACCGUUCUCAAGGUAAUCCAUCUCCGUGCUACUCUGGCGCCUCCCCCUGCGGGAGUGGGAUGGCCGGCCCAGCUUUGAGAAAGGCACCCCUGGCCCCAACGCUGCAUCCGCACUCACAGAGCCACAGCCAGCACCACCAUCCGCAGCAACAACCCCACCUGCCCCUCUCUUCUCUACUGGAUGACUCAGAGGAUGAUGUCACUAGCUCCGUCAAUAACGCGAUCUCUGCUAUCACAGCUGCGAGUGGAAAUAGAGAUGAUAGAGGAGACAUCAUAGGAGGCCUACUAGGUGGUCUUGGUCUUGGCCCUCUGGGUUCCCCAUCAACCUCCGGCAUGGAUAAAAAUUUCAGAGGUGGUGGGAAUCAGGAGCCUUUGAGCAGCAAUCCACAAAAUCCUGCUGCUAAACCCAAACGUCCCCGCAAACCCAGACCCAAGAAAGAUCCAACAGCUGAUGGGCAGCCCCCUAAACGUAGGCAGUACGCUCCAAGGAUGGGAACCAGCGGGCUCCCCCGCACUCACCUCUGCAGUGUCUGCGGUAAGGGUUUUGCACGCCGCGAGACUCUACGCAGGCACGACCGCAUUCAUACUGGAGAAAAGCCUCAUCACUGCACUGUUUGUGGGAAAUAUUUUAGAGAGGCUUUCCACCUAAGCAAGCAUCAAACAGUACACUCUGGGGCAAAGAAUUACAAAUGCAGCAUCUGUGGCAAGGAGUUUGGCUACUCCCAGAGCCUCAGGAGGCACAGCAAACUCCACCAGAAAGGGGAGAUGGAAGAGGUGCCCACAACGCCAGCUCCAGACAACAUAAACAGCUUUAAUACAAACCCUCAAUGCGGUGUGACCCAAGACGGGAGCCAGAACCAAGUACCAAGCACCUCCUCCUAUUACUCCUACCCUCAAGAUGUCAAGCCUCAAGAUACCCACCCUCCGCCACAGACCCAGCCACAUUCACAGCCCCCGCCUCGUCUUUACACCUGUGCUAUAUGUUGGAAGUCGUUCCGCCAUCACUUCCAUCUGACUGCUCAUCACCAGACGGUUCAUGAAAGUGGGGGUGAAAAGCACUUCUGCUGUGAGGUGUGCGGAAAAGCAUUUGCUUACUCAAAUAGCCUAACCCGACACAGGCAGUCCCAGCAUGGAAUCACCCGCGCUGAACCGUCUAACCCUCAAGAAGGCAGCAGCGGGUCUGGAGACAACCGAGGAGGGAGUGACGUGAACCAGUCGGCGUCGGAGAGCGAGGCCGCCACCAAUGCUCUGCUACAGAUGGCCCCUGCUUCCGAAGGCCACGUCCCUCCAAGCCUAAAUGUUGUCACUCACAACCACCAGCAGGCAGCCUCGCAACCGCCUGCUGGUUACUCCCCCCUUUUUUAUGACGCCACAGCCCAUUCUUCAUCAUCCAGUGCCCCAUCUUACUCGCAGCCUCUGCCCCCCAACUCCACGAUCAUGCCCCCCCACCACCCGCACUCCCCAGCCGGGGUUAAAGGAGAGCAUAUAUAUCCAGCCGGAUCCCGCAGCCGUACGCUUCACACAACAGCCCCCUUCCAGCCCCUUACGGAACUGCCCUCCACUGAACAUCACCAUCUACAUCAUCAUCUUCAUCACCCCCACCAUCAUCCUCAUCAUCAGUCAGGUGCCCAGCCCCCCCAACACCUCGACUGCAGCAACCAGGUGUCGCAUGAUGAAAUCAGGCGACACAAGAAGAAAAAAAAAAAGUCAGAUAGGGGAGAUUGGAGGGGAAAUAAGUAUGAAUCCCAAGACUUAGUCAGAUUUGAUGGCAGCCGCAAGAAGAAAAAGAUAAGUUGUACAGUAAGAGGGGGGCCAUUGAACAAAAAACAAGGCUCUCUUCGCUUGACGAUUAGACGGGGUGAAGGAUCUGGUGGCGGCGGGUAUAAACUUGUCAACACUGGGGGAGUGAAAGUUCAGAUCCUGUCAUCCCUAAAAGUUCCCGUGAAGCGUUUUGGCUGUCCGAUAUGUCCCAAUUCAGUGUUUUCCCGCAAAGCGGGACUGCUCGUCCACAUGGCAGUUAGACACCCGCAAAGAGCCACGACCCGGCUGGAGCGACUUCAGUGCAGCGUAUGUGGGAAGCGGUCACACAGGCCCAUGGCUGCUUAUAUCCACCGGGCUACUCAUCGCUCCAGAGGGUCCUUCUCCUGCCAGGGUUGCUCGGCCCGCUUCUGGAAUGCUGUACUUCUCCAAAGGCACAAGGGGGCCUGCCGCCGAGUUGUUCAAGAAGCACGGCCGGGCGAUGCAAAGAGGAUGAAGCUUCUAAAGAAACCGGCAGAAAGACAGACCCGAGACGGUCAAGGAGACAUGCCGUACCACCAACUGGAAUCAUAUAGAUACUGAGCAUCAUGGUAUCCUACAACUGUCGCGCAUGAUUGCGAAAAGAGGACGACAAUAAAGGGACUUGAAAAUGAAUUUUUGACUCUGCUGACUUUAGGACAGAGUGUGGUAACAACUACUGUAGAGCAUCAUGUUAAAUCACCUGAAAUUCUUCCAGAUUAUUUUGGAAUGUGUUUCAAAGAUGUGACUGUUUCCAUAGGAUCACUAACCCCUUAAGUGCAUUGACACUAUGCUUGGCAGUCACUAAGCAAGUUUAGAUAACGUGUAUCUUUUCUCCCCAUAUUUUAUCCAGCAUCCCUGCUGCACCUCUCGCUGUAUGAUAAACUCUGUCCCUGCCGUGUACUUUGUCUUGUUCAUGUAGCAGCUCUGAAGAUUUUUUUUUUAUUUUUUUUAACUAUUAUUAUUUUUCAAGUGCUUUUAUUAGGAGUAGGGACUUUGCGGUGAAAACAUUUGUUGAUAGUUCUGUCAGUGCAUGUUUGUUCUCUGGUCAAGUUUUUGCUGAGGUGAUUGACAUGUGAUGGCUUAUUGAAGUAUAUCCCAGACGUUUGUAGUGUCGACUUGAUUCAAGAGUUCCUCCCAUAACCCCUAGUGAUUAUAAUCACGUAUAGAUGACAUGUUCACGGUAAUUAGCAUCAAGGGUCUCCUGCCAAAAAUUAAGAAACUUACUUCACUUGGUUCGUUUCAGAUUUUCUUAGCUUUUGUACCAAGAGGUAGAACACAAGGUAAACAAGUGGGCUCUUAACAGUUUCUCAUGUUAAUUGUAUGCUCUUUUUUUUUUUUUAGCAGUAAUUCUUUCUACAGUGCUUCACGUUGGACCUAUUCUAGAAGCUCCUCAUGUAUUUAAGUACGUAACUGUCCUCACGCCAAUCAUAGACUGAACCCUCAACCUUUUUUUAGUGUGCUGAGUUGCAAUCAUAACCUGAAACUGUCACACUUUGGUUCUCUUCUAAAGAAAGACGUUAACCUCUUCACGUAUGAAAUGUCCGUGUCCCUUUCACACCUUGUUUUUUUUUUCUUCCAAAGGAAAAAAAUAUAGUUUUAGUAGAUUUUUAUCACUUUAUUUACUUAAAGCCAGUAGUUGAUUAUAUUUGAAAAUGAAUAAACCUUGAGUGUAAUACUUUUGUUUUUCUUUUUUGUUCAAAGAAAUGUCAGAGAGACUCAAAGAAUGCAGGGUUUCAAUAGUUCUAGGAUACUCUUAGGGACGUGAAGACUUCUUUUUUGUUCAAAGAAAUGUCAGAGAGACUCGGACAAUAUGGGGUUUCAAUAGUUCUAGGAUACUCUUAAGGACGUGAAGACUUCUUUUUUGUCCAAAGAAAUGUCAGAGAGACUCGGACAAUAUGGGGUUUCAAUAGUUCUAGGAUACUCUUAAGGACCUGAAGACUUAUUUUUUGUUCAAAGAAAUGUCCAAGAGACACUGAGAAUACAGGGUUUCAAUAGUACUAGGAUACUCUUAAGGACGUGAAGACUUAUUUUUUGUUCAAAGAAAUGUCCGAGAGACUCUGAGAAUACAGGGUUUCAAUAGUUCUAGGAUACUCUCAAGGAUGUGAAGACUUUUUUUUUUGUUCAAAGAAAUGUCCAAGAGACUGAGAAUACAGGGUUUCAAUAGUUCUAGGAUACUCUUAGGGACGUGAAGACUUCUUUUUUGUUCAAAGAAAUGUUCGAGAGACUAGGAAAGUACGGGGUUUCAAUAGUUCUAGGAUACUCUUAGGGACGUGAAGACUUAUUUUUUGUUCAACGAAAUGUCUGAGACACUCUGAGAAUACAGGGUUUCAAUAGUUCUAGGAUUCUCUUAGGGACGUGAAGACUUCGG